UGGGCACAUUUUUUUCCUCAGCGGUGGAAGCUGCCAUUGGCAGCCCACCUUCGCAAGUCCCGCCGCGACGAUUGAGCACACGCAGGUGGGACCUGGCUCACCUUGAGUCGGAAGGUUCACCUUGGAGGGGUCUAGUACAUCUGAUUGGCUCUUCGCCGGGCAGGGUCUGGGGAGAGUGCGUUCACCGACAGACAGGACCCCUCGAUCGGUUAAAAAGAACACGCCAUUGGUUGCUUUUUCACCGCUGAGGACUGUAGAUUUAACAGCGCGUCAGAAGCGUGCUUUUGCAUUCACAAGCGCCCUUGAUCGGCCUGAAUUCAAAGACAUCUAAGUGCAUGCAGUCACUGCUUUUAGCAGCACAUGUACUACCCGGGAAGGUCUUCUCAAGUAGCUUAUCUCUAGUGAUCCGGGCGUCAGGCACCACAGAUGCAACUGCGUCGUACUCGACUCGCGAUUGCCAUUUGGGCUCACCGCCCCAUGAAAAACCAGGACCGGAAGAUCACAGCGAUAACGAACCAUCUAGAUCCUACAGAUUGACCGUGGCAAAGACGCUUUGGAAUCAUCAAGGGAUGUAUCUGGUAGGAACCUGGCUCUUCGGGUACGGUACUGAUAGUGGACUUUGCACAUACAGAAAUAGCCUGGACGUAGAAGCAGGUCGAAACUCUGGUGAGCCAUGAACUUACCCGGUACCAAACACCACUGUGGCAUUUGUCAUUCCUUUUUUCGCUUCUAGAGGCGGGCUCCAGUCGCCAGCAGUUAUUACGGCUGCGCUGCAAAAACAAGCAUUAAUGAUGGCGCAUAGAUUGUUCUCCUUGGUCGUUUAUGUUGUACUCGGGCUCGUCAAUCUUUUGCUGACUAACAGCCUUCACGUGUUAAUUUGAAAUGCACGCGCUGCCCGGUAUCAGUAUUAUUCAAGACUGUCA